AUGGGAACCAUCAAUUGGGGAGAAUUAUUCCCAGGAAGAUGGAGUCUUGUCAUUUUUAUUUCAUAUAUGGCCCUGUUUGUGAACCAAGGUACAUGAGUGUGGUUAUGUUCUCUGUUUAUUUUUAUCCUUUUCAUAUGAUUUUCCUUGUUACUGAAUGUUUGUCAAACAGAAACAAUACAUAGUGAUAAAUGACUGAUGAUAAUAAUGCAAAAAAAUUUGUAUAUGUAUUAUUAUUUAUUAAUGAGAUGUGUAUUAUUUUGUCAAUUUCAAAUAUGAUUUAAAUAUCCUAUGGAAUAUAACAAUGAUUGUUGUACUUUUAUAAGAAUUUUUAUACCUCAUUUUGUCAAAUUUUCGUCAUUGUUUUCUUGAAAAUUUCUUUAUUAUUUUUUGAAGUUAUAUAAAUUAUUUUUAUAUUGUUUUAACUAAUUGCAAAAUUAUCAUCUUAGGUAUUAUUGUAACUUGGUCUCAAAGAGAUGGUCACUAUGAAUAUAAUAUUGUUAUGGUAGUAUUGAUGACAGAAGUAUUAAAGUUAUUUACAUCUGUAAUAUUGUAUUGCAAGGAUGCUACUGCUGUAUAUGAUACCAUCAUUUUUGUAUUGUUUGUAUAAUAACCUGGCAUUUAUCAACUUGGCUGUAUUUGAUCCAACAACCUACUAUGUGUUGUUACAAUUUCGUGUUGUCAUGACUGGAAUUAUUUUUCAAGUUGUUUUUAAUAAAAAAUUGUCAUUGAAACAAUGGUUUUCACUUGUAUUACUGACAAUUGGAUGUAUGAUAAAACAUAUAGACUUGGACUUUAGUAUCAAUGUGUUUAAUGCCAAAAUUAAUUUGAAUAGUAAUAUAAUUUUAGUGUUUGUGCAGACAAUUUGCUCCUGCUUAGCUGGUGUUUACAAUGAAUAUUUACUUAAAGAACAAGGAGCAAAUAUUAAUAUUUUUGUACAAAAUGUAUUUAUGUAUAUUGAUAGUAUUUUUUGUAAUCUUAUAGUUUUUAUACUAUUUUUUAUGUCGGAUAAUAAUGCUUCUAACAUGUUAAACAAUGUCGAUCUUGCAAUAUUUAUGCAACCAAAAAUUAUACUAAUAAUGCUGAACAAUACGGCGAUCGGAAUUAUUACAAGUUUUUUCUUAAAAAACUUGAAUUCGAUUUUAAAAACUUUCGCUAGUGCAUUAGAACUGAUAUUCACAGCAGUCCUAUGUUGGUUAAUAUUCAGUAUUUCAAUUCAUUUAAAUACUGUACUUUCGAUCACUAUGGUGAGUUAUGCAGUUAUAUUGUACUCGCAAAAUCCAGUACAAAAUACUCGAACCAAAGAACGAGCAAAGGCUGAUACUAUAGUUUAAUAGAAGUCAAUUAAAAACUUUCAUCAACUACAUUCUAUUUCUACAUGAAUUUUACCUGAUGUAAAUCUGUUACUUGUAUGUUUGUUACGUUAUGCUUUAUUGUAUAGUUUUAUAUAUGUAUAAAUUCAGAAAACCUUUAUAUAAUAGACAUUAAAGUAUUGCAAUUUUGUUAUAGAAUUCUGAAUUAUAUAUAUUUCCUUGUUUUGUUUUUAAAUAUUUAUAUCUUAUAUAUUUAUAUAUUUAUAGAUUGCUAUUUUCAAAUUUAUAAAAUAUUGCAAUAUUUAA